CUCUCUCUCCCACAGACCAAGAAAAGGAGGAAUAACGGUCGUGCAAAGAAGGGCCGCGGGCAUGUGCAACCCAUCCGUUGCACCAACUGUGCCCGUUGUGUCCCAAAGGACAAGGCCAUCAAGAAGUUUGUCAUCAGGAACAUAGUGGAGGCUGCGGCUGUGAGGGAUAUCACAGAGGCUAGUGUCUUUGACCCCUAUGUUCUACCAAAGCUCUACGUGAAGCUGCACUACUGUGUCAGCUGUGCCAUCCACAGUAAGGUGGUGAGGAAUCGCUCCUGUGAGGCCAGGAAAGACCGCACUCCACCACCCAGAUUCAGGCCCCAGGCUGGUGCACCAAGAGCUCCUCCAAAGCCCAUGUAAAGCAGAAUUGGAAGAUGCUGUACUCUUGACGAAUAAAUACAAAAUUGUACAAAAA